GUCUUCAUCUUCAUCAGAAAUUCAGAAUGUGAAAAUUUUUGAUUGACUGCGCGGCAAAAAACCAGUGUGGCUCCUUGGACUCACCGACUUCCACCCCACCCUUUCUAUACAAAAGAUUCGCCGUUUUGCGUAAUUGAUACAGCCAUCGCCUCCCAUGGCGCUUCCUCUCGGCAAGGUCGCAUUCCUCAUCGGUACAGGCGUUGUGGUGUCAGCGCUUAGUAAAGAAUCAAGUGCCAGCGGUUAUAUCUCAGGUGCCUUUAAGAUCCUAUUGAGGCAACUCAAGCAAGAUAAUUCAAAAAAUUCAAAUACGAAGCCUCAUAGCAAUGCUUUGCUGCAGCAGGUUUGCUAAGUGCUUUCAUGUUAAGAGCUUGCAAGAGGAGCUGCAACUCUUGGCACAAAAUAGAUCUGUAACUAUUGUUACUACGGGUGGUUCAGGUUCAAGUGGUAAAUAUGGCUUUAUCAUUUGUGUUUUGGUGGUUGGAUAUGGAUAUAUUUGGUGGAAGGGUUGGAAGCUUCCUGAUUUGAUGUUUGCAACCAGACGUGGUUUAAAUGAUGCCUGCAAUAGUGUGUCCACACAGCUUGAGGGGGUUUACACAUCAAUUUCGGCAACAAAACGGCAUUUAUCUUCUCGUAUUGAUCGCGUUGAUUCAAAAUUAGAUGAGUGUGCUGACAAUACAGCUGCUAUUAAAGAGGAGAUUUUUGAAUUUAGGGGGGAGGUGAGUUCACUUGGUAAUGAUCUCGAAUCAAUGAACACUGUUGUCCGGAAUCUGGAGAACAAAAUUAGUAGAAUAGAAGGGAGACAGAGCGAGACAAACAUUGGAGUGGGAGAGUUGGUUGCUUAUGCAAGAAAUUUGGAAAAUAGAAGAGCCAUGGAACAGAUUGAGAUAUCUGCAUCAAGUUCAAUUAAGCCUGCUCUUGAAUUACCAGCUGUGACUCCAAAGCUUCUUAUUGAGUCCUCUCUUCAUUCAUCUGUUGAACAACCAUCUCCAUCUCCAUCUGCUUCUAAUGGAUUUCAAAAGCAGUCUCUGCAUGGAGCUGUUCCGUCUUCCUCUGGUGCAAAGAUCCAUCGCGGGAUAUCAGAUGUGGUAGGAAUGGUCAGUGGAGGCAAUCCUCCUGUUCAAAGUGCAUAUUCCACAACGGAGGGCACAAAUCGUCAUGAUUCAACUUCAACUCCUGGUCUUUUGGGGCGCACAGUAUCUGCCAGUACUGCAAUUCUCACUAGAAGCCGGGGAGCUAUUCUGACUCAAUUUGUGACCUAAGGUAUAUUUUCUUCAAGCACACGUUGAAGAAGGCUUUGAGUGUUUAAUGUUUACUGCCCAAUCAUCUUAUUGGGUUCGUGCCAUUGCUUCUUCUUCACUGAGCUGCUCCAUAAUCAUGUGCUUUUUUUGUUUAUUUAGAGGUUAAAGCUAAAUAUGUGUAUUGUCUUAUGAUGAUAGAACAGAAAAACUUGGCCUAAGAAUAUGCCAAGAUGAAUAAGAGGAUUGCCAACAUUUUUAUCAAAUUUUUCGUUGUUGGUAUAUUGUAGGGAGUAUUAAAAUAUGUGCAUCUUA